CACAUCUUUCAGGUGACGAUUUGCCUUAGGACUCCAGAGUGGUUUCCAGGACAGACAUUCACCAGGCUGCAGCCCCAAAUUUCAAAGGGUGUCCUGUGACCAUUGGCCACCCCCUCAGUUGUGCUCUCUCCCCCCGCCCCACACCAUGCGGGUGACAGGCUUGAUCCGGUACGUGGCACUGCUCAUCACGCUGCUGGGCAUGUGGCUCAUCGUGCAGACAUACUUCGAUCGGAGCUGGAAAGGCAUCACCCUGCGAAGCUGGCUUGGUGCCACUGACAAGACCAGCAGUGAGAAGCUGACCCAGUACAAGUGCAGGAACCAGAAGAGCUGCCCCCAGAACCAUUUUGCCUUCAAGAUCAUCAGUGGCGCUGCAAACGUGGUGGGACCCUCCAUCUGCUUCAACAACAUGGUCCUCAUGAGUAGCGUGAAAAACAAUGUUGGCAGAGGCUUGAACAUCGCACUGGUGAAUGGAACAAGUGGGCAGCUGCUGAAAGCUGACACAUUCGACAUGUACUCUGGAGAUAUUAACAAACUGGAUACCUUCCUCCAAGAGAUCAAGCACGGCACCAUAGUGCUGACAGCCAGCUACGAUGAUGCUGCCACAAAGAUGAAUGACAAAGUACGGGCACAUUUCAUGGAGCUGGGCAGCAGCCACGUGAGCAAGCUGGGCUUCCGCGACAACUGGAUCUUCUUGGGAGCAAAAGGGCUGAAGAACAAGAGCCCCUUUGAAGAGCACAUCAAAAAUGAUAAGACGACAAAUAAAUACGAUGGCUGGCCUGAGAUGCUGGAGAUGGAGGGCUGUGCCCCCAGGAAGAUGGAUUAACAUCAAGCCCCAGCCUGCCAUGGAGGCAAGACCAGUCUUGCAGGAACACCAGCCCCAUUACACUGACCCCAGCCCCCCCACUGCCCUGUUACCCAGCCCAGCAGUGGCUGCCCGCUCCCAGGCACCAGCUGUUUCACAGCAGAGACCGCACAGGGCUUGGAGAAGAGCUGUGCAAGUGCCUGCAGAGCCUGAGCAAACACCCCGCCAGGCUUCAGCCGAGCUGUCCUCAUCUAUGGCUCAAUCUGGGGUAUUUUAUUUUUCUGUCUUUAAACCAAAAACAUUG